AUGGGAGAUUCUUCAUCAGCAUCAUACAUACACAUGGUGCAGCACCUGAUAGAGAAGUGCCUGAUCUACCACAUGAGUAAAGAAGAGUGCAUGGAAGCUCUGUCUAAGCAUGCAAACAUCGAGCCUGUCAUCACCUCCACCGUUUGGAAUGAACUGGAGAAAGUGAACAAGGAGUUCUUCGAGGGGUAUGCAGAGUCUCAAAACAAAGGAGAUCGAAUGUCAGAGGAAGAGACAAGCCAAUUGAUCCAAAAGAUGAUAUCGGAUUCCAAAGAUCCCGACGACUAG